CUCCGGACUCGUCCUUGCCCCCCGCCAGGCAGCCGCGAGACGGAGGUGGCAGCUGAGAUCCAGGGCAGGAAAGGGCGGGGGAAGGGGGCGGUGAUGAUUCUCAACGCUCGGCCCAGGGGGAGGAGUGGAGCACCUCUCGGGCACCUGAGGUUCGACGGGCAGAGGAGGGGUGGUGUGUGUAGUGGCCAGAAGGGAGGGGAGUCCCGGCGGCUACGACGAAGAGAGGAGGGAGGAGAGAGAGGGCCUCCUGGCGCGGAAGGAACCCGCCCCACGUUGCCAAGGUGUCUUCUUGGACUCGGAGAAGGACACCUGAGGGACAGCUACGAGCUAGGGAGGUGGCAGCUCCGGAGCCAGCGGGGCUGCUGUCCUUGCCUAAGGGAGCAAAGAGUCCCCACCCCUGACAGCUUUCAGCUGCCGCCCGCCCGCCGCGCUCGGCGAAGACUCGGAAAGAGAUUUCCACUGGGAUUCCCUGACAGCUGCCACCUUCUUUUCGGAGCGGGGUGUGGGGCGGGGAGAUCGUGUGGACGAGGAACGGGGAAGAUUCCUUGCAGCUGCCGCCCCACCAAACCUCUCCCACGUUCUAAGGAAGGGAGGACUCCUGAGACAGCUGCUCCAAGCAACGUGGAGGCGGGGUGCAUUUUGCCUGUAGAUCUCGGAGGCGUGUUUUUCCUCUCGGGAUUUUCCAGUGUGAAAGUUAGGCUCGCCUCAUUCUCAGAUUAGUUUAAGAGAUCAAUUAUAUUAGGAUUGAAACCAGCACAGAUCAUCAUAAUCUGUGUCCCG